GCAAGCACGCGCAUCCCUGCAGGCCUUUGAUCCCCUCGCGACACCCAGAACACUUUUUUUCAGCGAGCCUACGUUCAGUCGCUCGUCGCACUGCACCUCGUGUCGCUGUUCUCGGAGCCAAGCAACCACAUUUCUCGUUCACCAUGGACGCACACUACAAGGGCGCCGACGAGUCUAGCACGGGCGCCGCGCGAGCCGAUACGACCACCAGUGCUGCCGGCACCAAGCGCCAGAAGAAGCACAGGUCGCACGACGGCAAGCGCCAGCACACGCUGUCCAUCGAGGAGGCAAACAAGAGUCCCGACUCGGCUGUGUCCAAGACGGAGACCAGCGCCAAGACCAGCAAGCAGUCGAAGAAGAGUCGUGAGCCUCGCGACGACGGUGGCGCGAGAGAUGCGCAGAAACCUCCGGAAGGGGUCGCUGCUUCACCCGACGCUCAGGAGAAGCCGCAGCCCGAGCUCCCCCUUCCAGCGCUGCCUUCCACUUCCAGCGACCAGAUCCCGGUUCACCUGGCUUCUGCAUUCGACCGACCUCCUCCAACUCGGGCUGCGCCUCAGGCUCAGAAAGAUGGCGCUGCCAUACCGGCCACUGAAGAGACGAAACCUGACCAGUGA